ACACACACACGCGUAUAAACAAUACAGACAAAAACAAGAACCCCCCAAAACGAAACUAAUUCUGCUCGAAUAUCAUAAACCCUAGAAGUAGAAAGCCCUUUUUGAACGUAAUCUCAUGGAUCCGCAGCCAGAGCCAGUCUACUACAUCUGUGGAGAUUGUGGGAUGGAGAUUCCCUUGAAGCCAAACGAUGUGAUUCAAUGCCGUGAAUGCGGUUACCGUAUCUUAUACAAGAAGCGCACUCGUCGCAUUGUUCAGUAUGAGGCACGCUGAAGAAGAGACUUGGUGUGCUUGUGUCGGUCAGGGAUCCGUGUAUUGAAUCUGUUUGAUGUCUUUGAACUUAGUCUCACUGAGAUGUUUGUAUAAUAUCCGUACGUUUUUGGCCACUUGUUAAUAUUGUUUUGUUCUAAAUCUUGCUCUUUACAUGGUUGUAUAAUUAUUGAGA